GUCGACCUGCGGUCCGACACGGUGACGCAGCCGACGGCGGCGAUGCGCGCCGCCAUGGGCGCCGCGGUCUGCGGCGACGACGUCUUCGGCGACGACCCGACGGUCGCGAAGCUCGAGGCGCGCGUCGGCGACCUGCUGGGCAAGGAGGCCGCGGUCUUCGUGCCCACCGGCACCAUGGGCAACCUCGUGUCGAUUUUGGCGCACUGCUGGGAGCGCGGGUCCGAGUACGUCGUCGGCGACUGCGCCCACGUGCACAUCUUCGAGCAGGGCGGCGCGUCCCAGUUCGGCGGCGCCCACGCGCGCGCCGUGCCGACGGCGGCCGACGGCACGAUCGGCGACGCGGCCGCGGUCCGCGCGCUCGUCCGCGUCGACGACCAGCACUUCCCCGCGACGAAGGUCGUCGCCCUCGAGGACACGCACAACCUGCGGGGCGGCGCGGCGCUCCCGGCGGGCUACGGCGCGGCGGUCGCGGCCGCGGUGCGGGACCUCGGCGUCGCCGCGCACCUCGACGGCGCGCGCGUCUGGCACGCGGCGGCGCGCCGCGGCGAGGCGCUCGCGGAGACGGCGGCGCCCUACGACUCGCUGUCCGUGUGCCUCUCCAAGGCCCUCGGCGCGCCCGCGGGGUCCGUCGUCGCCGGCUCCGGGGACUUCGUCGCGCGGUGCCGCCGGCUCCGCAAGGGCCUGGGGGGCACGAUGCGCCAGACCGGCGUGCUCGCCGCCGCGGGGCUCGUGGCGCUCGACGAGGUCCUCCCGAAGCUCUCGGAGGACGCGGCGCGAGCGACGGCGCUCGCCGCGGGCCUCGGCGCGCUCGGCUUCGACGUCGAGGCGCCGCAGACGAACCUCCUCUACUUCGGCCUCGACGAGGCGCGCUUCGGCUUCUCCGCGCGGGCGCUCGUCGACCACUGCGCGGACCGCGGCGUCCGCUUCCUCGUCGUGCCCGGCUCGACGCGCAUGCGCAUGGUCUGCCACCACCAGAUCACCGCGGACGGCGCCGAGCGCGCGCUCGCCGUCAUCAAGGCCGCC